AUGAAGCAACGCAAACUGAGCCAUGCUGUUCAACUACUUGAGGAAUCUCAAGGUCUCGAGCACGAGGAGACACUAUUUAUGAAGACCAAUCUUGCUUACAACCUGCGCCACCUUGGUGAGUAUCAGGAGGCAGAGCGCAUGGAUAAGCAAGUGUAUGCCGUUCGACUCCAAGUCUCCGGGCCUGAUGACAUCGAGACGGCCAAAUCCCUGAACAACCUCGCGCUGGAUCUGAAAGGUCUCGGCCGAUUCGAUGAGGCACUGGAUCUGGAAGAACAAGCAUUAGAGGCUUUUUUGAGGAUCAAUGGGGAAAGCUCCCGUGAGGCUCAGACCAGCAUGAACAACUUGGCCAACAGUUUCCGCCAGCAUGGCCGCCUCCAAGACGCUGCCAGGCUGCAUGAACGAACCCUCGAACUCCAGACCCGCAGCCUUGGGAAGGAGCAUUUUGAGACACUCAUCACGAUGGAUAUGCUUGGGGUAGAUUAUCGGGAGCUCGGCCAACUUGAUAGAGCUCUCCAUUAUCAAGUCGAAGCUGUGGAACUCUCCAAGGCCAAUCUGGGGGAAGCCCACGCAACCACUAUUCGAUGCUCGACGAAUCUGGCAACGACAUACCAGAGGUUGGACGCGGCAGACGGCAAAGCCAAAGCAUUGGCGCUACUGGAGCGGGCCUUGGCGCUUUCGCGGCGGACCUUUGGCGAGAAUAGUCCGGAGACAGCGCCGGUGAUGAACAAUCUUGCCGCGGCAUACGCCAGAGCGGAGCGCUUUUGUGAAGCCUUGCCCCUAUUCCAAUCAGCAUACACAUGGAAUCGGAGGACACUGGGUCCCAAUCACCCCAGAACUUUGGCCUCAGUCAACUUGAACUACGUGACGGAGAAGGCGGGCCUAACUCAAGCUACAGUCAUCAACAUAUGA